AAAUUAGUUUUAGGAUUAAGUCUAGCUUGUAGAAUUAAGUCUAGAAAAGAACUGCAUGUUCCAACCCAAUACAAUUGUUUAAAAUUGGUUUUAAUUAUUGUCACUACGCCAUCUUCUUAUAGAUCAUAUAAAAUGCAAUAACAAUGUGUUUAUUGAGGUUGUUAAUGAAAGGGAGAGUGGAUACAUGUGUUGCCUUUUACCAUUCAAAUGAGGUCAGACCUACAAUGAUGCUAGUUAUGACAGGCUAGCCAGGAUCUCAGGCUGCAUCACAGGAAGAGGGUCAUUGCCGAGAGAGAGCGAGCAGGAGUCUUUCAGCUGCUGCUGUCCAUCUCGUCCCCUCGUAUCAACCUAGCUCAACAAGCUGCAGUGAUAACACACUCCAGGGCAUCAUUCAAAUAGAGAUUCAUAUCAAGUCUCUCUCAAAUAUACACUAGAUGAUUAACAAAGUGUCAAACGUUCCACAUUUAUGUGAUUGAGUGUAAUGUUGACCUGGUUCCAGAGCAACCCAUGGUCAGCAGGGGAUUGAUCUCGGGACGCCCGGAAUCCCUCUGAAACUUGUAAGAAGCUGCAUUUACAUUCUAGUUGGAAUUUAUUUUUUCCCACUUCUAUAUACAUUUGUCAACAUUGCCACAAAACCUACCCACUCACAUGGGAUGGUACCACUGUCAGGAUCCCAAUGCUAGUGCCCCAAUGCCUUCCUCAUAACUGGACCGCUGAUGCAUUAGUCUCAACAGGUGCUCUUUCUGAGAGUCUCACCAAGGUAUAUUUAGAUUUUGAAACCUGAGAGCAGCGGCCGGUGAUUGGUUGUGUCGUUCACAUGAUAACCUGGGUUGAAACCGCAGCUGUGUGCUGUCGCCCAGCGUUUCUCUGGAGGGAAGCUGGGGAGGCUUUGGCGGCUUGGGAGACCUUUUGACUCUAUAUCAACUGGCUUGAGGCCAAACACAAUUGUCAGUUUUAAGACCCUAGCGGAUGGCAAGUGAGGAAUUCUCAUUCAGGAUUUAUAACGACUAUUUCUGAACUUCUAAAACCUUCCCAAAAUGGCGGAAGUGGUGGAGGAAUACGAGGAAUAUGAGGAGUAUGAGGAGGAGUUUGAGGAGGAGGAGAUUCUGGACGAGCAGAUCACAACGGAGACUGUCACUGAGCAAACCUCUCAGUUCCAUCAGUCCGGCUUGCCCACCAGAAGAGUAAGAAAGGCUGUGAAGGUGGAUACUUCCAAGUUCAUGACUCCUUACCUAGCUCACAGCCAGAAGAUGCUGGAGCAGUUCAGCCACAAUAAGUACCGGCACGCUUAUGACAUGUCCAGAGGGAAGCCUCCUUCCAUCAGCACUGACACACCAGAGAUGCUGCGUAUCAAGAAGGCCCAGGAACAGCUCAGUGAGGUUAAGUACCGCAUGGAGGGUAACAAGGUUCGCACCACCAGCAUGUACGACGGCGAGGCCAAAGAGAUCGCCCACGUCAAGCAUGUUUCUGAGCUCAUCAGCAAGGUCCUGUACAGACAGAAGUGGGAUGAAGCCAAAGAUCGCUACCUGCUGCCUCCUGAUGCUCCCGAGCUGGUCUUGGCUGUGAAGAACGCUGCUAACUUCAGCAAAAAGCUCUACUCAGAGGACUGGAAUGAGGAGAAGACUAUGUUCUACCCAUAUAGUGACAGCCCAGAGCUGCGCAGGGUGGCCAAGGCUCAGGAGGUUCUCAGUGAUGUUCAGUACAAGAAGGGGCACGAUGAGCGCAAAGCCAAGUACACCUCUUUGCCUGACCCUCCUGAAGUUGAGCUGGCGAGAAGAGUGGCCGAUCAGCGGAGUGAUCUGAAAUACAAGGAGGACUACAACAAAAAUGUGAAGGGUCAAUGGUGUGAGACCCCGUACUUUGACGUGGCCACUGCCAGGGUAGCAAUGGAAAACUUAAGUGAUAGAAGAUACACACAACACCAUGAGGACACCAAAGACCAAAUUUAUUUCAUGCAAACAGAAACGCCUGUCUAUGAGACAAACAAGAAAGCACGCAUUGCUGCCAGUGAGGUCCAAUAUAAGAAGGAAUAUGAGAAAUCGAAAGCGCAGUCGGACUACAACACGCUCCCUGCCACAGAGAAUCCUCUGCUGCGACAGCUACGUUACGCUGGCACAAUCCUCAGUGAUAAAGUGUACAAGUCCAACUAUGAGAAAUCAAGAGGCUUCAGUAUCAACUACUGUGACACGCCAAAGUUCCAGAUGGACUCAGUUCUCAAAAAGUUCUCAGAUGCACAAUACAAAGAAAAGUAUGAAAAUGAGGUGAAAGGAAGUUAUAUUGGCAGCUAUGAGGAUGUCUAUAUGCUCCACUGCCAAAAAGUAGAGGAAAUGAAGAACGAUCAAUUAUACAAAGCGGAAUAUGAGGAUAUAAAAACAAGGUGCUUCUUCCCUCAAACAAUCACUCCUGAAUAUGAAGCCUGCAAAAAGCUUAAUGCGUGCAGUGACAAAGUCUAUCGUCAACAUCCAGACCAAGUGAAAUUCACGCAAGUGGUGGACUCGCCGGUGCUUGUGCAAGCAGCCAUCAAUGCCAAGCAGCUGAGUGACCUCAACUAUAAGGCCAAUUAUGAAGAAAUGAAGGUCAAAAACAGUCUGCCCCCAGACUAUCCAUUCUUCAUCCAAUCCAGAGUUAACGCUUUCAACAUCAGUGAGAACUGUUAUAGGUACGACUGGGAGAGAUCCAAGGCAAAGAAGUUUGAAAUCAAGGGUGAUGCCAUUCCAAUCCUUGCUGCCCGUGCGCACACAAACAUUGCUAGUGAUGUAAAAUACAAGAAAGAGUACGAAAAGAACAAGGGACAGAUGGUUGGAGCUCUCAGCAUUAAUGAUGAUCCCAAAAUCUUGCACUCUGUUCACGUCGCCAAAAUCCAGAGCGAUCGUGAAUACAAAAAAGACUACGAGAAGAUUAAGACUAAGUACCACACACCUCUUGAUAUGAUGUCGAUCACCUCGGCUAAGAAAUCCCAGGCCAUAUCCAGUAUGGCCGGCUACAGAAGCAUCAGCACCAACUUCUACCUGCCAUACGACAGCGUGCUGCUGGACCUGGCCAAGAAAGCCAACAUUAUUCAGAGUGAUAAUGAAUACAAGUCUGACUACAACACUUACACAAAAGGUGCACCAUGGGUGACCUUUGGCUCUAUGGAGAUUGAAAAGGCCAAGACCGCUGCUCGUAUCCUGGAUGAGAAAAAAUACAGACAGCAUCCAGACACAAUCCCUUUCACAUCUAUUGAUGACCACCCGAUCAUGAUGCAAGCCAAAGUCAACCAGCUUCAAAGAAGUGAUAUUUUCUACAGGAGAGGCCUGGAGGAGAUACACCAGAAAUACUCUCUACCUCCUGAUGUCCCUGAGUUCCUUCAGGCCAAGUGCAAUGCUUACAACAUCAGCCAGAACUACUACAAGCAAGCCUGGCAGGACUUGAUCGCCAAAGGUUAUGACCUGAAGCCUGAUGCCAUCCCUGUGGUGGCUGCCAAGGCUGCCAGACAUGCAGCUAGUGAUGUUCAAUAUAAGAAAGCAUAUGAGAAAGCCAAGGGCCACCAUGUUGGUUUCCGCAGCCUCCAGGACGAUCCUUUACUGGUCCACUACAUGGAGGUGGCCAAGAUGCAGAGUGACAAGAACUACAAGAAGGACUACCACAUGGUCAAGCUGAAGUUCCAUUCGCCGGUUGACAUGAUGAGUGUGGCCCAUGCCAAACAUGCCUCAAAAGUUCAGACUUUUGCUGGCUAUAAACAGCUCCACCAUAACUACUGUCUUCUCCCUGAUGCCAUGAAUUUGGAUCUUGCCCGCACCAUGAACUUCAACUCAAGUGAUUUCAACUACAAGCAAGAUUAUGAGGCAUCGGUCAAGGGAACAGGCUGGGUCCCCAUUGGUUCCCUGGAGGUGGAGAAAGCAAAAAUGGCAGCAUCAGCUUUGGAUGAGAAGAAGUAUAGACAACACCCUUCCAAUUUCAAAUUCACAAGCACAGCUGACUCCAUGAGCAUGGAGCUUGCCAAGACCAAUGCCAAAAUAAUGAAUAAUAAAGAGUACAAGGCCAGUGGAGAGAAGUUCAUGCACACCUAUCACCUCCCUGCUGACGCUCCAGAGCUCAUGCAAGCCAGGUACAAUGCAGUCAACAUCAGCCAGAAUUACUACACUUAUGCGCACCGUCAAGAUAUUCUCAAAGGACAUCAGUUGAAGGAAGACGCUAUUCCCAUUGUUGCAGCAAAAUCCUCAAGAGACAUUGCCAGUAAUUUCAAGUAUAAGCUGGCACAUGAGAAAGCCAAAGGUCACCACGUUGGCUUCCGCAGCCUCCAAGAUGAUCCUUUGCUCGUCCACUACAUGGAGGUGGCUAAGCUGCAGAGUGAUAAGAACUACAAGAAGGACUACCACAAGUCCAAGCUGAAGUAUCACUCCCCAGUGGACAUGAUGAGUGUUGUCCAUGCCAAGCAGGCGUCUGCUGCUCAAACUAUGGCUGGGUACAGGAAGAUCCCUCACAAUUAUUUCCUGCUGCCUGACAACAUGCACCUGCAGCUGUGUAGAGGCAUGAUGGAAAUUCAAAGUGAUAAUGUUUAUAAAUCAGAUUACGCUCAGUUUUAUAAAGGUGCUGGCUGGGUGCCCAUUGGUUCACUUGAUGUUGAGAAGGCCAAAGCUGCCAAAGCUGCUUUGGAUGAGAGGAGCUAUCGUCAACAUCCCAGCGGACUUAAAUUCACAAGCAAAACUGAUGAUAUGAACAUGGCCCUAGCCCUGACAAACUCCAAGCUGUUGGACAAAGCUUCAUAUAAAGCUUCAGGUGAAAAGUUUAUGCACACAUAUAAUCUGCCAGCAGACAGCCCAGAAUUCCUUCAGGCCAAGUUCAAUGCCCAGACCAUGAGUGAGAGUCACUACAAGCACAAGUGGCUUGAAGACAUUGCCAAAGGAUACGACAUGAAGCCGGAUGCUAUUCCAAUCCUUCAUGCUAAACAAGGCAGACAUAUUGCCAGCAAUGUUCAGUACAAAAAAGAGUAUGAGAAGGCCAGAGGCCACCACGUUGGCUUCCGCAGCCUCCAGGAUGAUCCUCUGCUGGUCCACUACAUGGAGGUGGCCAAGUUACAGAGUGACAAGAACUACAAGAAGGACUACCACAAGUCCAAGCUGAAGUAUCACUCCCCAGUGGACAUGAUGAGCGUGGUUCAUGCCAAGCAGGCGUCUGCUGCCCAGACCUUUGCUGGCUACAGAAAGAUCCCACACAACUACUUCCUCCUGCCUGACAAUAUGGAACUGCAGCGGUGCCGUACCAUGAACACACAGUCAAGCGAUAGCGAUUACAAGUCUGAAUGGAACAGCUUUGUAAGAGGCACCGGUUGGGUCCCCAUUGGUUCACUUGGAGUUGAAACCGCAAGGGUUGGUGGUGAGAUUCUGAGUGAGAAGCGGUAUCGAACUCAUCCAUCCAACUUCAAGUACAGUAAGCUGAUGGACUCAAUGGACGUAGCCUUGGCCACUGCCAACAAUCAGAUCAUGAAUAAGAAAGCCUACACAUCGGCUUGGGAAAAGGACAAACUCACUGUCCAUGUAAUGCCAGACUCACCAGAAAUUGUCUUGGCCAAGGCUAAUGCGAUCACCAUGAGCAAUAAACUUUAUAAAGCUGGUAUUGUGGAGAUGGCCAACAAGGGAUACAAUCUCAAAGCAGAUGCCAUCCCAAUUGUUGCUGCCAAACAAGGAACACAUAUAGCUAGCAAUUUCAAGUACAAGCUGGCACAUGAGAAAGCCAAGGGCCACCACGUUGGCUUCCGCAGCCUCCAGGAUGAUCCUCUGCUGGUCCACUAUAUGGAGGUGGCUAAGCUGCAGAGUGAUAAGAACUACAAGAAGGACUACCACAAGUCCAAGCUGAAGUACCACUCCCCAGUUGACAUGAUGAGUGUUGUCCAUGCCAAGCAGGCGUCUGCUGCUCAAACUAUGGCUGGGUACAGGAAGAUACAGCACAGCUAUGCUCUCCUCCCAGAUGCCAUGAACCUUGUGCUUGCUCGCACCAUGAAUGCCCAGGCCAGCGAUUGUGAAUACAAAUCAGACUGGAACACCUGUGUGAGAGGCACUGGGUGGGUGCCAAUUGGUUCACUAGGUGUUGAAACAGCAAAGGUUGGCGGUGAUAUUCUCGCUGACAAAAAGUAUCGCACACAUCCCUCCAACUUUAAGUUCAGCAAGCUUAUGGACUCCAUGGAUUUGGCUCUGGCUACUGCUAACAACCAGAUCAUGAAUAAGAAAGCGUACACUGCUGCUUGGGAAAAAGACAAGCUGACCGUCCACAUCAUGCCAGAUGCUCCUGAAAUUGUCCUAGCCAAGGCUAAUGCCAUCACCAUGAGUGAUAAACUCUACAAAGCUGGUCUUGUGGAGAUGGCCAAUAGGGGGUACAACCUUAAGGCCGAUGCCAUCCCAAUUCUUGCUGCAAAGUCUGGCACAGCUAUUGCCAGCAAUUUCAAAUACAAGUUGGCUUAUGAGAAAGCCAGAGGUCACCAUGUUGGCUUCCGCAGCCUCCAGGACGAUCCUUUGCUGGUCCACUACAUGGAGGUGGCCAAGUUACAGAGUGACAAGAACUACAAGAAGGACUACCACAAGUCCAAGCUGAAGUAUCACUCCCCAGUGGACAUGAUGAGUGUGGUUCAUGCCAAGCAGGCGUCUGCUGCUCAAACUAUGGCUGGAUACAAGAAGUUGAUCAACCACUACACUGUGCUGCCCGAUGCUAUGAACCUUGAGCUUGCUCGCAACAUGCAGCUCAUUGCCAGUGAUAACCAGUACAAGAGUGAAUAUCAGCAGUACAUAAAAGGAACUGGAUGGGUUCCCAUUGGCUCACUGGAUGUGGAGAAAGUGAGGACAGCAGGCCUUGCGCUGAGUGAGAAGAAUUAUCGUCAGCAUCCUAGCAACUUUAAAUUCACUAAGGACAUGCACUCUAUGGAUCUGACUCUUGCCACUGCCAAUAACCAGAUAAUGGAUAAGCAAUCUUACACCAAAGCCUGGGAGAAAGACAAGACAUCAAUUCAUAUCAUGCCUGAUGCCAUGGAUGUUCUUUUAGCAAAAGCAAAUAAAGUAAAUUACAGUGAGAAACUCUACAAAUUGAACAACGAGCUGUCUAAGAAGAAGGGCCACAAUGUCCGGGCUGAUGCGAUUCCGAUUCAGGCUGCCAAAUCGUCCACUAUGAUUGCCAGUGAUUACAAGUACAAGGCAGGAUACCGUAAGCAGGUCGGCCACCACAUUGGUGCCCUCAGCAUCCAGGACGACCCUCUCCUCAUGCUGGCUCUGAACUCAGCCAAGAUCGCCAGUGAUGCCCUGUACAAGAAGGACUUCAACAAGUCCAAGACCAAGUUCCACCUCCCAGUUGACAUGAUGGCCUUUGAGCUGGCCAAGAAGAACCAGAUCCAAGUCAACCAUGCCAACUACAUCACUCGCCUGCACAACUGGACCUGCCUGCCAGACUCCAAUGAUGUGGUUCAGGCUAGACAUGCAUAUGACCUCCAGAGUGAUGCUGUGUACAAGGAGGAGCUGAAGGUUCUGAAGGGUAUUGGCUGGGUGCCCAUAGGUUCACUGGAUGUGGAGAAGUCUAAGAAAGCUGGCGAGAUCCUGAGUGAGAAGCUUUACCGUCAGCAUCCAAGCAACUACAAGUUCAAGAGCACCACUGAAGACAUGCCCAUGGCCCUGGCCAAAGCCAAUGCUCAGAUUAUGAACAAGUCAGCCUACACCCAAGCCUGGGACAACGACAAGACCUCCAUCCAUGUCAUGCCAGAUGCCAUGGAUAUUCUCCUUGCCAAAGCAAACAAAAUCAACUACAGUGUGAAAGCAUACAAGCAGGCAAAUGAGGAUGCCAAGAAGAAGGGCUAUGACAUGCGCAACGAUGCAAUUUCCAUUAUUGCAGCAAGGGCCUCCAGGGACAUCGCCAGUGAUUACAAGUACAAGGCAGGAUACCGCAAGCAGGUCGGCCACCACAUUGGUGCCCUCAGCAUCCAGGAUGACCCUCUCCUCAUGCUGGCUCUGAACUCAGCCAAGAUCGCCAGUGACGCCCUGUACAAGAAGGACUUCAACAAGUCCAAGACCAAGUUCCACCUCCCAGUUGACAUGAUGGCCUUUGAGCUGGCCAAGAAGAACCAGAUCCAAGUCAACCAUGCCAACUACAUCACUCGCCUGCACAACUGGACCUGCCUGCCAGACUCCAAUGAUGUGGUCCAGGCCAGACAUGCAUAUGACCUCCAGAGUGAUGCUGUGUACAAGGAGGAGCUGAAGGUUCUGAAGGGUAUUGGCUGGGUGCCCAUAGGUUCACUGGAUGUGGAGAAGACUAAGAAAGCUGGCGAGAUCCUGAGUGAGAAGCUUUACCGUCAGCAUCCAAGCAACUUGAAGUUCAAGAGCACCACUGAAGACAUGCCCAUGGCCCUGGCCAAAGCCAAUGCUCAGAUUAUGAACCACAAAGCCUAUAUUGACGCCUGGAAUAAUGAAAAGACCAAGAUCCAUGUCAUGCCUGAUUCUAUGGAUGUUGUUCUCGCCAAAGCCAACAAUGUCAUCUACAGCGAGAAAAAAUACAAGCAAGCUAAUGAAGAUGCCAAAAAGAAAGGCUACGAUUUGCGAAAUGACGCCAUUUCCAUCCUUGCAGCCAAGGCUUCCAGAGACAUUGCCAGUGAUUACAAGUACAAGGCAGGAUACCGUAAACAGGUCGGCCACCACAUUGGUGCUCUCAGCGUCCAGGACGACCCUCUCCUCAUGCUGGCUCUGAACUCAGCCAAGAUUGCCAGUGAUGCCCUGUACAAGAAGGACUUCAACAAGUCCAAGACCAAGUUCCACCUCCCAGUUGACAUGAUGGCCUUUGAGCUGGCCAAGAAGAACCAGAUCCAAGUCAACCAUGCUAACUACAUCACUCGCCUGCACAACUGGACCUGUUUGCCGGACUCCAACGAUGUGGUCCAGGCUAGACUUGCAUAUGACCUCCAGAGUGAUGCUGUGUACAAGGAGGAGCUGAAGGUUCUGAAGGGUAUUGGCUGGGUGCCCAUAGGUUCACUGGAUGUGGAGAAGACUAAGAAAGCUGGCGAGAUCCUGAGUGAGAAGCUUUACCGUCAGCAUCCAAGCAACUACAAGUUCAAGAGCACCACUGAAGACAUGCCCAUGGCCCUGGCCAAAGCCAAUGCUCAGAUUAUGAACCAGAAAGCAUACACUGAGGCCUGGCACAAUGAGAAAACCAAGAUCCACAUCAUGCCUGAUGCUAUGGAUGUUCUUCUCGCCAAAGCUAACAAUGUCAACUUCAGUGAGAAACGUUACAAACAGGCUAAUGAAGAUGCCAAGAAGAAGGGCUAUGAUAUGCGAAAUGAUGCUAUUUCAAUCCGUGCUGCCAAAGCCUCCAGGGACAUAGCCAGCGAUUACAAGUACAAGACAGGGUACCGUAAGCAAGUUGGCCAUCAUAUUGGUGCUCGCAGUGUCCAGGACGACCCUCUCCUCAUGCUGGCUCUGAACUCAGCCAAGAUCGCCAGUGAUGCCCUGUACAAGAAGGACUUCAACAAGUCCAAGACCAAGUUCCACCUCCCAGUUGACAUGAUGGCCUUUGAGCUGGCCAAGAAGAACCAGAUCCAAGUCAACCAUGCCAACUAUAUCACUCGUCUGCAUCAGUGGACCUGCCUGCCAGACUCCAAUGAUGUGGUCCAAGCCAGACAAGCGUAUGACCUCCAAAGUGAUGCUGUCUACAAAGCGGAUAUGAAGUGGCUCCAGGGAUUAGGAUGGGUCCCAAUUGGCUCACUUGAGGUGGAGAAGGCAAAGAAGGCAGCAGAGAUCUUGAGUGAGAGGAAAUACAGGCAGCACCCUAGCACUGUUCCUUUCACCAGCACUGUUGAUGCUAUGAGCAUUGAACUGGCAAAGAACAAUGCUUUGACCAUGAACAAGCGGCUAUACACUGAAGCAUGGGAAAAAGAUAAGACCAAGCUUCAUAUCCAGCCGGACACCCCUGAGAUCAUACUCUCUCAACAAAAUGCCAUCAACAUGAGCAGGAAACUAUACAGAGAAGGUUUUGAAGCCACCAUAAAGAAGGGUUAUUUCCUGCCUCCGGAUGCAGUCUCUGUGAAAUCUGCCAAAGCUUCCAGAGAUAUCGUCAGUGAUUACAAAUACAAGACAGGCUACAGGAAGCAGGUUGGACACCACAUUGGAGCCCUCAGUGUCAAUGAUGAUCCUCUGAUUGUGCUGGCCCUGAACUCAGCCAAAAUUGCCAGUGAUGCCUUGUACAAGAAGGACUUCAACAAGUCCAAGACCAAGUUCCAUCUGCCAGUAGACAUGCUGAGUCUUGAGCUGGCAAAGAAAUGUCAGAUACAGGUCAACCACGCAAACUACAUUACUCGCCUUCACCAGUGGACCUGCUUGCCAGACUCCAACGACGUUGUACAGGCCAGAAAAGCCUACGACCUUCAGAGCGAUGCUGUAUACAAGGCUGACUUGGAUGAGAUUGUUGGUGUGGGAUGGAUCCCCAUUGGUUCACUGGAUGUUGCUAAGGCCAAGCAUGCAGCAAAUAUUCUCAGCGACCGCCUUUAUAGAGAGAAACCAGACAAACACAAAUAUACCACUGACAUGAGCUCAAUGCCCAUGCUGUUGGCCAAAGCAAAUGCUGAAAUCAUGAACAAGAAAAAUUACAUUGCUGCAUGGGAAGCUGACAAAAUGAAGAAUCACGUUUCCCCAGAUAUGCCUGAGAUGCUGCUCUCCAAAGCAAAUGCUCAGAACAUAAGCAAGAAACUGUACAGGGAGGCUGUUGAGGAGAUCUUCAGAAAGGGUUAUGAUCUCAAAGGCGACGCUGUUUCGGUUGUUGCUGCAAAGCAUGGAAGAGAAAUUAUCAGUGAUUACAAGUACAAGACCGGAUAUCGUAAGCAGGUUGGCCACCACAUUGGUGCUCGCUGUGUUGAAGACGACCCUCUGAUCAUGCUGGCUCUGAACUCAGCCAAGAUUGCCAGCGAUGCCCUGUACAAGAAGGACUUCAACAAGUCCAAGACUAAGUUCAAUCUUCCAGUUGACAUGCUCAAUCUUGAGCUGGCCAAGAAAUGCCAGAUCCAGGUCAAUGACUUUAACUACAGAACCCAUCUGCACAAUUGGACCUGCCUGCCAGACUCCAAUGACGUGGUCCAGGCCAGGAAGGUCUAUGACCUUCAGAGUGACGCUGUAUACAAAGCUGACAUGGAAUGGAUCAAGGGGACAGGGUGGGUGCCUAUAGGCUCACUGGAUGUAGAAAAGGCAAAGAAGGCAGCAGAGAUAUUGAGUGAAAAGAAGUACCGUCAACAUCCGAGCAACUUCAAAUUCACUGCCCAGACCACUGACAUGCCAUAUGCUCUUGCUCAGGCCAAUGCCCAGAUCAUGAAUAAGAAAGCCUAUGUUUCUGCUUGGGAGUCUGACAAGACCAACCUUCAUGUCAUGGCUGACACACCAGAGAUCGUCCUCGCCAAACAGAACAAACUCAACACCAGUCUGAAAUAUUACCGUGAAGGCUACAUGGACACCAUCAACAAGGGCUACUACCUUCCCAAGGAUGCAAUCUCAGUUCUGUCAGCUAAGGCCGGAAGAGACAUCAUCAGUGACUACAAAUACAAAGCUGGUUUCCGCAAGCAAUGUGGCCAUCAUAUUGGCGCUCUCAGUGUAAAUGAUGAUCCGCUGAUCAUGCUGGCAGCAAAUGCUGCUAGGAUCUCUAGUGACAACAUUUACAAGAAGGACUUCAACAAGACCAAGACCAAGUACAAUCUGCCAGUGGACAUGCUCACAAUAGAACUGGCCAAGAAGUGCCAGCAGCAAGUCAAUGACUUCAACUACAGAACUCAUUUGCACCAGUGGACAUGCCUGCCAGACUCUAACGAUGUUGUUCAGGCCAGGAAGGUCUAUGAUCUACAGAGUGAUGCUGUCUACAAAGCUGACCUGGAGUGGCUGAAGGGAUGUGGCUGGUCCCCCCAAGACUCUGUGGACGUUGUCAAAGCUAGAAACGCCCAGAAUGUUCUUAAUGAAAGGCUCUAUCGUCAGCCGCCAAGCACUGUCAAGUUCACCAGUGUAGUUGAUCUGCCAGCUAUCGUCCUGUCCAAGCAAAAUGCUGACAACCUCAGUGAUAGAAAAUAUAGAGAGGCGUGGGAUAAGGACAAGCUCACCAUCCACCUUCCAUCUGACAUCCCUUCUGUGAUACUUUCCAAGGCCAAUGCAAUCAACAUCAGUGAGAAACUUUACACAAAGGACUGGGAUGACCAAAAAGCCAAAGGGUACCAGAUUAAAGAGGAUGCCAUCUCUGUGCUGAAAGCUAAAGCCUCCAGAGACAUCAUCAGUGAUUACAAGUACAAGACCGGAUACCGUAGACAGGUUGGCCACCACAUUGGUGCUCGCUGUGUUGAAGACGACCCUCUGAUCAUGCUGGCUCUGAACUCAGCCAAGAUUGCCAGCGAUGCCCUGUACAAGAAGGACUUCAACAAGUCCAAGACUAAGUUCAAUCUUCCAGUUGACAUGCUCAAUCUUGAGCUGGCCAAGAAAUGCCAGAUCCAGGUCAAUGACUUUAACUACAGAACCCAUCUGCACAAUUGGACCUGCUUGCCAGACUCCAACGACGUGGUCCAGGCCAGGAAAGCUUACGACCUUCAGAGCGAUGCCGUAUACAAAGCUGAUAUGGAAUGGAUCCGUGGGUGUGGAUGGAUGCCACAUGAGUCUGUGGAAGUGCUGAAGGUCAAAAACGCACAGAAAAUCCUUGCUGAUAGAGGCUAUCGUGUCAAGUUGGAUGAACAAAAAUUCAUUGUUCCAACUGACAGGGUUGACUUGGUCUGUGCCAAGAAUGCUGCUGCUGCCCUUGAUGAGGCCAAAUAUCGCGAGGCCUGGCACCAGGAAAAAACAAAAUACUCACUGGUGGAGACGCCAACAAUUGUCACUGCCAGAGAGGUGGCGAAGAAUGUCCAUCCUAAACUGUACACCAAAGAAUGGGAUAAAAUUAAAGCUACAGGUUACUUCAUGCCUGGAGAUGCUGUGGGAAUUAAGCAGUGCAUUGUAACAUCUAAAGUUCAGAGUAAUCAUAAAUACCUCGAGUCAUACCGCAAGCAAGUUGGCCAUCAUAUUGGUGCUCGCAGUGUCCAGGACGACCCUCUCCUCAUGCUGGCUUUGAACUCUGCCAAGAUCGCCAGUGACGCCCUGUACAAGAAGGACUUCAACAAGUCCAAGACCAAGUUCAAUCUUCCAGUUGACAUGUUGCAGUUUGAAUUGGCAAAGAAAUGCCAGAUGCAAGUCAAUGAUGACAACUACAGAACUCGUCUGCACCAGUGGACCUGUCUGCCUGACCAGAAUGAUGUCAUUCAGGCUCGAAAAGCCUACGAUCUCCAGAGUGACUAUGUUUACAAGGCUGAUCUGGAAUGGAUCAGGGGCUGUGGAUGGAUGCCAAAUGAGUCUGUGGAUCAUGUAAAGGUCAAGAAGGCACAGCAGAUUCUCAACGAUAGACUUUACACCAAAAAUGCCAAAGAAUGCUUUGGAAAAUUCACCCUGGUUGUUGACCGUCCUGAAAUCCUAUUGGCUAAGGUUAAUGCUGCCAAUCUCAGUGAUCUGAAAUACAAGGAGACCUUCAAUGCCGAAAAGGGCCAUUACAUUGGUUCAGAGGAUACUCCUCAACUGGCCCACAGCAGGGAGGUGUCAAAGAUCAUUAGUGAGAAAACCUACAAAUCAGCCUGGGACAAAUCCAAAGCUACAGGAUACCAACUGGACCACGAAUACAUCCCUCUUCUGUCUGGAAAGAAGGGCAGAGACAUUGCUAGUGAUGUUAAGUACAAGGAUGUGCAUGAGAAGGCCAAGGGCCACUACAUGGCUGGUACUUUGGUGGACUUCCCUGAAGUGAUACGAUGCGGCGACCAGGAGAAGAACAAGGGUCUGAGGCUGUACCAAAAGGACUAUCACCAAUCUAAGACCAAGACGCACCUGCCGCCUGACAUCAUUGCUAACCAGGUUGCAAAGCGAUGCCAGGACAUGCUGAGCGACGUCCUCUACCGCACAUACCUGCACCAGUGGACAUGCCACCCCGACCAAGAGGAUGCCAUCCGAGCUCGCAAGACCAAUGAGAUUCUCAGUGAUGUCUUCUACAAGGAGGACCUAACAUGGAUGAAGGGUAUUGGCUGUUAUGUGUGGGACACUCCUGAGAUCGUUCGUGCCAAGAAGUCCUAUGAGUUGCAGAGUGAUCUGAAAUACAGAGAUGAAGCCAAGAAGGAAUUCAAUAACUAUUCCAUCGUGACGGACACUCCUGUAUAUGUGACGGCUGUACUGGGUCACACGUGGGCCAGUGAGCUGAACUACAGGGAGGCUUAUCACAAGGAGAAGCACUUGUACACCACCGUUUUGGAUACAUAUGAUUACGCCAGAUGCCACAACUUCAAGGAGUUUUUCAGCAACAAAAAAUACACUGCCACCUGGGAUAAAAUCAAAGCUAAAAGCUACCAAAUUCCACAUGACUCUCACGCUUUGCAACAUGCUAAAAGCCAGAAGGUCAUUCUCAGUGGGGUGAAGUACAAGGAGGACUAUGAAAAGUUCAAGUCCCUCUACAGCCUACCAAAGUCCCUCGAAGACGAUCCUGCCACUGCCCGCUGUGUUAAAGCCGGAAAACUGGUCCUUGAUCGUCUCUACAAAGAGAACUACGAGAAGACCAAGGCCAAGAACCACAUCCCACCUGACAUGCUGGAGAUCCUGUCGGCCCGCAACACCCAGUCCACUGUUAGCGGAAUUCAUUACCGCAAAUACCUGCAUCAGUGGAUGUGUCUUCCAGACAUGCAGAUGUACGUUCAAGCACGCAAGGUCAAUGAGCAGCUCAGUGAUAUCUUCUACAAGGAUGACCUGAACUGGCUAAAGGGAAUCGGUUGCUAUGCCUGGGACACACCGGAGAUUCUGAGAGUCAAGCAAGCUGGUGAAAUUCAAAGCGAGCAAAAGUACAGAGCUAAGGGUAUCGAGGCCUUCAAGGAUUACUCGGUAGUGACCGAUACCCCGGUGUAUGAGACAGCUAAGCAGAAUGCUGUUAACCUCAGUGAUCUGCACUACCGUUAUGAUUACAACACCAAUGUAAAAGGAACCAACACAUCACCGGCUGUCACCGUGGAAACAGAGAGAGCACGUCUGGCCAACCACAUCCAGAGUGAUAACUGGUACAAAGAAGCCAACAAGACCUUCAUGCCGACUGGAUAUUCACUGCCUCAUGACACUCCUCUGAUCAAGCAAGUUAAGCACAACUCGCUUGUUGCCAGCAACGUGAAGUACAAGGAGGCUUAUGAGAUGAUGAAGGCCAAGGCCUACACUCUUCAUCCAGAGGGUGUCAACUUUGUCAAUUCGAGAAAGGCUCACAAAAUCAGUAACGAUCGCCUAUAUCGCGAGGCCUACCACAAGACAAAGGACAAGAUCCACACAACAUAUGACACUCCUGAUAUCAGACAAGUCAAGAUGAACCAAGAUCACCUGAGCGAUUUGUGGUAUAAGGAGAAAUACAACAGCACCAAGGGCCAGCUGAUCUCCAUGCCAAUCACGCCUGAGCUUCUUCACUGCUACCAUGUUAAUGAAAUCACCAGUGAUCUGAAAUACAAAGAGGAUCUGAUGUGGCUGAGAGGCCUUGGCUGCUUCCUGUACGACACACCAGAGAUGGUCCAUGUCCGUAACAUCACCAAGUACAGGACAAGCUAUCCAGUGGAAGCUAAGAAGAACCUUGCCAACUUCUCUGUGGUCCUCGACACACCAGAGUAUAAGCGUGUGACAGAGCUGAAGAGCCACAUGAGCAAUCUCAUAUACAAAGCUCAAAGCAAAGAGGAGAUGGCUCGUGUCACAUCAACCCUGGAUUCUGUGGACAUCAAGAGAGCCAAAUGGGCCCAACAACUGACCAACAAAUACUUGUACACUGACCUUGCUGCUAAAGAGAGAGCCCACUUCACACAGGAGAUGGAAACUCCGCACAUAAGUCAUGCCAGGAAAAUGAAAGUCAUUUCCAGUGAGAACAAGUAUAAGGAGCAGUAUGAAAAGAUGAAGCACAGGUACACUGCCAUUGCUGAUACACCCCUGCUCAUCCGCUCCAAGAAAGCCUAUCUCCAAUCAAGCGAUCUGCGCUACAAAGAGACCUUUGAGCUGUCUAAGGGCCACUACCAUACAGUCAAGGAUGCCCUGGACAUCACAUAUCACCGCAGAGUUACGGACGAUAUCAGCGAGGUCAAAUACCGAGAGAAGUACAUCAACUCUCUGGGCACAUGGAAGUCCAUCCCCGAUCGCCCCGAGUUCUUCUUCAGCAGGAUUGUCAGUGACAACGUCAGCUCUGUCAAGUACAAGGAAGACCUUGACUGGUUGAAGGGAAUUGGCUGCUUCGUAUGGGACACACCUGAGCUGGUGCUGGCCGAGAAUAACAAGAGCCUGUACAGUGAGAGACUCUACAAAUCUUCCUUUGAGAAGAACAGAGGAAACUUCAAGUAUACUUGUGACACACCUUUCUUCCAGGCUGCCAAAAAUGCUUCUACCCUCAUCAACGAUGUGUUGUAUAAAUCCAAAGCAAAGGGUCUGCUAAAGAGCGGUUGCAAUGAGCUGCGCCGCCCUGAAAUCCUCAGAGCCCUAUUCCAGACCACUAUUGGCAGUAAGUGGCGUUAUCGGGAGCAGUAUGAACGUGCAAAGGAUAAGUUCACUUCGGUUCUGGAGACACCCGAGUAUGAGACCCAUAAGCGCAGCAAGAAGAUCACAGAUAUAAUUUACAAGAUGGAGUACAACAAGACCAAGGCAAAGGGUUACACUUUGCCCUAUGACACCCCUCACCAGAACCACAUGAAGAAGGUUAAGGAGAUCACCAGCAAUCUAAAGUACAAAGAGGUGUAUGAGAGGAGCAAGGCCCAGAUCAACAUGGACCCUGAGGCACAUGACAUCCGUGCCGCUAAGGAAGCUUAUAAGAACAUCAGCAAUCUCGACUACAAGAAGAAGUAUGAAGCUACCAAGAACAAGUGGAUUUGGACUGCAGACAGACCGGACUUUGUCAAUGCUGCCAAAAAUUCCCUGCAACAGAGUGAUGUUGAGUACAAGUAUGACAAGGAGAUGAUGAAGGGCUGUGUGAUCCCAGUGGUGGACGACAAGUACACUGUUCUGGCCAUGAGAAAUGCCGAAAUGGCCAGUGAUGUGAAGUACAAAGCAAAGUAUGAGAAGGAAAAAGGCCACUACAUGCCUGUCCUGGACACUCCCCAAAUCCUCCACUCCAAGGCUGUGCGCACACUGGUAUCUGAGAGCAAAUACAAGGAGGCCAGUAAGAAGGACAUGCAGAGUGGCUCGUUCACCACAUUGUCUGAAACCCGUGACACUGCACACAGCAAGUCGGUCAACAAGCUCGUCAGCGGGAUUGUGUACAAGGAGAAGUUCGAGAAGGAGAAGGGCAAGUCUUCGUACAAUCUCAUGACUGUGCCACCAGAUGUUCAGCAUGCCAUGAAUGUGGCCAAGAGUCAGAGUAAUGUGAACUACAAGAAGGAUGCCAAGGCCAACCUGCACUACACCACUGUGGCCGAUCGCCCCGACAUCAGGAAGGCUACCCAGGCUGCCAAACUCAUCAGCGGGAUCGGCUACCGUGAUAAGGCCCGUGAGGAGGCCAGCCGCGGGGGCUCACUCACCCACCGUCCUGACAUUGCUCUGGCCACUGAGGUGUCCAAACUGACCAGUCAGGUGGAGGCCAUGCCCUCCCUCCAUGGAGCUGCCUCCUUUGAUACCCCCCAGAUGCGCCACAUUAAGAAAAUGAGUGCCGUGACUAGUGAUGUGAAAUACAAGGAGAAGUUUGACAAGGAGGUGAAAGGGAAGAAGCCGCAGUAUGAUCUGAAGGAGAGUAAGAUUUAUCAAACAUUGAAGGACGCAAACACUCUGGCUAGUGAGGUGAAGUACAAGGGUGACCUGAAGAAGAUCCACAAGCCUGUGACUGACAUGGCCGAGUCCCUCUCCAUGCAGCACAGCCUGAGCACCAGCAAGCUGUCCAGCAACUACGUCUACAAGAAGAAAUUUGAGGAGAGUAAGGGUCACUACCACAUGAUUGCUGACACACCAGAGCAGAUCCAUCACAAGGAGGCGACAGAACUCCAGAGUAACGUGAAGUACAAGGAGAAAUAUGAGAAAGAGAAGGGCAAGGCCAUGCUGGACUUUGAAACGCCCACUUAUGUGACGGCCAAGGAAGCACAGCAUAUGCAGAGCCAGAAAGACUAUAAGAAGGACUUUGAGGAGUCCAUGAGGGGCAAGAACCUCUCGGGCUUGGAGGUCACCCCUGCCAUGAUACAUGUCAGACACGCCACCAAAAUAGCCAGUGAGAGAGAGUACAGGAAGGAUCUAGAGGAAGGGGUGAAGGGUAAAGGGCUAACUGUGCUGGAGGAAACUCCGGAGCUCUUGAGAGCAAGGAAUGCCACUCAAAUCCUGAGUGAGAGAGAGUACAAGAAGGCACUGGAGCAGGAGAUUAAGGGCAAGGGAAUGUUGGCUUUGGCUACAGACACCCCUGACUUCAUGAGAGCGAGGAAUGCUACUGAUAUCCUCAGCCAGUCUAAAUAUAAGCAAACUGCUGAGAUGGACCGAGCCAGCUACACCACUGUCAUCGACACCCCAGACAUCAUCCAUGCCCAGCAGAUGAGGAACAUUGUCAGCCAGAAAAAGUACAAGGAGGAGGCUGAGAAGACCAUGUCUCACUAUGUGCCAGUUCUGGACACCCCAGAGAUGCAGAGAGUCCGUGAAAACCAGAAGAACUUCAGCACUCUUCAGUACCAGAAUGACCUUAAAAACAUAAAGGGAAAAGUGUCGGCUGUAAUCGACACACCAGAAAUGCUUCGUGUUAAGGAAAAUUCAAAGAAUUUCAGCAUGAUUCAGUACAAAGAAGAAUUGGGGGGAGGAACAGCUCUGCCCGAAACCCCAGAGAUGGAGCGAGUCAAACAAAACCAACGCAACAUAAGCACGAUUCAGUACAGAGAGGAGCUGGGAGGAGGAACAGCUCUGCCCGAAACCCCGGAGAUGGAGCGAGUUAAACAUAACCAGCGCAACAUUAGCUCGAUCCAGUACAAGGAGGAGCUGGGAGGAGGAACAGCUCUGCCUGACACCCCUGAGAUGGAGAGAGUUAAACUAAACCAGCGCAACAUUAGCUCGAUCCAGUACAGGGAGGAGCUGGGAGGAGGAACAGCUCUGCCUGACACCCCUGAGAUGGAGAGAGUUAAACUAAACCAGCGCAACAUUAGCUCGAUUCAGUACAAGGAUUCUCUGAGUCAAGGCACAGCUAUACCAGACCUGCCUGAGGUGAAGCGGGUCCGAGAAACCCAGAAGAAUAUCAGCUCGCUGCAAUACAAAAAGGAGGUGGGACAAGGCACGUCCGUCCCAAAGACCCCGGAGAUGGAGAGAGUUAGACGCAAUCAGCAAAAUAUUAGCACGAUAAAAUACAAGGACAGUAUGGAUCGAGGCACAACCAUAGCCGACCUUCCAGAAGUGAAGCGGGUCAAACAAACCCAGAAGCACAUCAGCUCGGUCAUGUAUAAGGACAGUUCCGCCAAGGGAACGCCUGUGGUGUUCACUCCUGAGAUGGAGCGGGUCAAACGGAACCAAGAAAACAUUAGCUCGGUAUUCUGGAAUCACCCCCUGAGACUUAACCCUUCCCUGUUAAUGGUGCUGUACUCGGACAGUUUCAGGAAGCAGGUCCAGGGCAAGGCUGCUUUUGUUCUGGACACACCUGAGAUGAGACGAGUCAGGGAGACUCAGCGCAUCAUCUCUGGAGUCAGGUACCAUGAGGACUUUGAGAAGAGCAAGGGCAGCUUCACCCCCACCACCACUGACCCAGUGACUGACCGUGUGAAGAAGAACACCCAGGACUUCAGUGACAUCAGCUACCGCGGCAUCCAGAGACGUGUGGUGGAGAUGGAGCGGAGACGUGCCAUGGAGCAUGACCAGGAGACCAUCACCGAUCUACGUGUGUGGCGCACAAACCCUGGCUCUGUGUUCGACUAUGACCCUGCUGAAGACAACAUCCAGUCCAGGAGCCUGCACAUGAUGUCCGUCCAAGCUCAGCGCCGCAGCAAGGAGCACUCCCGCUCCACCAGCGCCCUCAGUGGCCUGGCUGAUGAGAAGUCUGAGGUGUCCCAGGACGCUGACCACCACAUGUCCCUCUACAGCAACGGAUUCAUGACCACUUCCAUGGGCUACCAACAUGCCAAGACUGUGGAGCUGCAGCAGAGGUCUUCUUCUGUGGCUACCCAGCAGACCACCGUCUCCUCCAUCCCCUCACACCCCUCCACCACUGGGAAAACGGUGCGUGCCAUGUACGACUACUCUGCUGCCGACAACGACGAGGUCUCCUUCAAGGAUGGAGACGUGAUCGUCAACGUUCAGUCCAUUGACGAGGGCUGGAUGUACGGAACCGUGCAGCGCACCGGCAAGACCGGCAUGCUGCCUGCCAACUACGUGGAAGCCGUUUAAAGAGACGCCACCCGCCCGGCAUCCCCCCCCCAGGAGGUGGGCGAGACCCAUCCGCAGGUCCUCCAGCGACCCCUAAUGUGGCUUAGUGCAAUGUGUAGUUUAGUGUGUCUGUGUACUGAAUGUUUAGUUUAGAAAUGCUGCUGUUGUUGCCUGUGGAUGACUGAACACCGAAGACACUUAAGCAAGACCCGUCGCUGUUUCAGCUCUAGAACAUCCCGGCCUUCAACUUUGUAAAUCUCAAAAACAUUUCAUAUGUGAAAGCAUGAAGAAUGGAAUUGAACCAGGUCAGGAAUGGUGGAGAGCAAUACGAGUUGUCUGUGUGAAUAAUCCAACAGGAAGAUGUCCGCCUUCUUCUUCUCCAUGAUCAGACCACUCUUGAUGAGAGUUCACGAAGACAAGCCCCUGAGUCCCCCCUCAGUGAAGUGUGUUUUUUCCCUGCAGAUGAUCGUGCUGUAGAUGCCGUCUGCAUUUACUCAGUAACUCACUAAUAAAGCACACC